AUGAGAAGAGUUCCUCGAAUUGGCGUGGGCGGGCCGGUGGGCUCGGGCAAGACCACGUUGGUGGAAAAGCUGGUCCCCAUGCUGAUGGCAAAAGGCCGGCAUCCGGUGGUCAUCACCAAUGACAUCUUCACCCGGGAAGACGCGGAACAUGUCACCAACACCCUGCGGGACGUGUUCGACACCGGCCGCAUCCGGGGCGUUGCCACCGGCGCCUGCCCGCACGCGGCGGUGCGGGAAGAUCCCAGCCUCAACCUGCUGGCGGUGGAGGAGCUGACCGAGGCUUACCCCGACUCCGAUAUCGUCCUGAUUGAAAGCGGCGGCGACAACCUGACCCUCACGUUCAGCCCUGCCCUGGCCGAUUUCCAGAUCUACGUGAUCGACGUGGCGGCGGGCGACAAGAUUCCCCGCAAGCGGGGCCAGGGCAUCACCCAGACCGACCUGCUGGCGGUCAACAAGACCGACCUGGCCCCGCACGUGGGCGCCGACCUCGACGUGAUGCGCCGCGACCUCGACAUGGUGCGGGGUGAGCGCCCGUUCGUAUUCACCAACUGUCGCACCGGCGAGGGAUUGAACACGGUGCUGGACCAUAUUCUCGAUGCAGUCGGUAACCCUGAAGCGGGCUGCUGA